CGAGGGUCCUGGAGUGCAAUAGGUUUCCUAUCCCUUCCUUUCCAAAAGCUCUUGUUGGGUUGACCAGAAAACGUACCCCAGAAGCUACUAUACUAACCGCAAUGUCAGGCCCGGAGUGCUGCGAAAACCCUCCUGCACCCGCUUCAGGCGUUGAAUCCGGCGACAUCCAGCAGAUUGCUUCCCUCAAUUCCUAUGUUUCCGGGAACCCUGAUUCCAAAAUCGCUGUUCUUCUUAUUUCUGAUAUUUAUGGUUAUGGAGCUCCAAAAUUGAGGAAAGUUGCAGACAAAGCUGCGUCUGCUGGAUAUUAUGUGGUUGUUCCUGACUUCUUUCAUGGGGAUCCCAUGACUCCUGAAACUCGGAUAGAAGAUUGGCUCACAAGUCAUGCACCGGAUCAAGCAGUUGACUUUGCCAAACCAGUUAUUCAGGCUCUCAAAGAGAAGGGUUUUACCAAAAUUGGGGCUGCAGGGUUCUGUUGGGGUGCCAAGGUUGUUGUGGAGCUAGCAAAAGAUACUGAUAUACAAGUUGCUGUGCUCUUGCAUCCUUCUUUUGUCACUUUAGAUGAUAUCAAGGGGGUCAAGGUACCUAUUGCAAUACUAGGUGCUGAGAUUGACCGACGAUCACCCCCUGAAGUUAUCAAACAAUUCGAGGAGGCUUUGGAAGCCAAACCGGAGGUUGAUCAGUUUGUGAAGAUAUAUCCUGGGGUUUCACAUGGUUGGACCGUCCGAUAUAAAGAUGAAGACGAAGCAGCUGUGAAAUGUGCAGAAGAGGCUCAUCAGGAUCUUUUGGAAUGGUUUGGUAAGUAUCUUCAGAUUAACCAUUCCACCCUGUAAAACCGGAAGCUGUAGCAACUAAACAAAGUGAUGUUAGGUCGCAUCUUCAAUUCAAUGUAUAAGUACGGGCAUACUUUCCUAGUCUACCAAAAAAAAGCAGGUAGUUACUCCCUCCGUCCCAAUAUUACUGUCUUACAUUACUAUUUUAGUUUGUCUUAAAAUAAAUGUUGUGUUUUAAAAGUAAAUGUCUACUUUCCUAUUUCAUCUUGAUUAUGAGACAUGGAAAGUCUCUAUCUAUCAUUAAGAGUAAAAUGGUCCUUUUGUUAAUUAAAACCGUGUGUUUUAUUUUA